UGCAGCUAAAACCUUGACAAACAACCUCUCACUGCCUCAACGUACAUUCCUCCAAAAUGUUGCCUGCCUCUCGCAGAGUUCUUGUGCUUUUAUCUUUCUUCAUCUGUUUUCAUGUUCUUGUACUGAAUGUGGUUGCUAGAAAUGUAGUGAGUGCGAGGCGUGAUGAGGAGAAGCAAGGUGGAUUUGGGGGCGGUUUUGGGGGCGGUGGCGGUUUCGGAGGUGGAGCUGGUGGUGGCGGCGGGUUCGGAGGGGGCGCUGGUGGUGGCGGUGGUGGUGGCUUUGGAGGCGGUGGUGGGUUUGGAGGCGGUGCUGGUGGUGGGCAUGGGAUUGGAGGGGGAAUUGGGAAGGGCGGUGGACUAGGUGGUGGCAUUGGCAAGGGCGGCGGACUUGGAGGAGGAGCCGGCGGUGGAAUCGGUAAGGGUGGUGGCAUUGGCAAGGGCGGUGGACUUGGAGGAGGAGCCGGCGGUGGAAUCGGUAAGGGUGGUGGACUGGGUGGUGGCAUUGGUAAGGGCGGCGGACUUGGAGGAGGAGCCGGCGGUGGAAUCGGUAAAGGUGGUGGAAUUGGAGGUGGUGCCGGUGGUGGGUUUGGAAAGGGUGGUGGACUAGGCGGUGGCAUUGGCAAGGGUGGCGGAGCUGGAGGAGGAGCCGGUGGUGGAUUUGGAAAGGGUCAUGGACCUCAUGACGGAGGAUUCGGAAAGGGUGGAGGAAUAGGGGGUGGACACGGUGGAGGGUUUGGGAAAGGUGGCGGAAUUGGUGGCGGGAUAGGCAAAGGCGGUGGCAUUGGUGGCGGGAUAGGCAAAGGCGGUGGCAUUGGUGGUGGAAUUGGCAAGGGCGGUGGCAUUGGUGGUGGAAUUGGCAAGGGCGGUGGCAUUGGUGGUGGUGUAGGAAAAGGCGGUGGAAUUGGGGGUGGCGGGGGCUUUGGCAAAGGUGGUGGCAUUGGUGGUGGAAUUGGCAAGGGCGGUGGCAUUGGUGGUGGUAUAGGAAAAGGCGGUGGAAUUGGGGGUGGCGGGGGCUUUGGCAAAGGCGGUGGAUUUGGUGGCGGAGUAGGUAAAGGUGGUGGUUUUGGGGGUGGUGGAGGCUAUGGUGGGGGAGGGGGAUUUGGCGGAGGAGGUGGUGGGGGGUUUGGCGGUGGAGCCGGCGGUGGAGGUGGACAUCCCUAGUUAAAUUAAUAUAUAUGGUAGACGUUGCAUGCAUGUUAAGUACGCAUGCAUGUCUUCCGUGUAGUCAUUGUAAUAAAAUAUUAUAGUGUCGUAAUCUUAUAUAUAUAUCUCACAAUUAAGGUCGUGAAAUGCUUUUUGUUAACUGGUGGGGGGGGGGGGGGGGGGGGUGGAGGCUGCUUGCAAUGGUAGAAAGCUGAUGGAAAGUAUAAAAGAAAGAAAUCCAAAAGUAAAGAGGAAAAAAGCUGUUGGAAAAACCAGUACUGGCAGACACAUUCUGCAUAGUGCUUUUUCAGCUCUAGAGCAAUAGGAAAUGCCUCUGAAAAAUUCCUCAAUAAUAUUUGGCAGAGUACUUAAUUAUCGUUUCAGCUUGUAUUACAAAAAUCAGCUUAGUAAUUACUAGUCAUUUGCAUC